AUGACGACCCGUUAUCGCGUUGAAUGUAUGACGCAAACUGGCCCCGCGUCGCAUCGUCGCGACCAGCUGAUAGAAUGGAUCAAAGGCCUUCUGGCUGUUCCAUUUGUCCUGCAUUCACAACCUACGGCGGUCUACCAAGAGCACGGCGAGAAUCUGGUCGCCAUUGCGGCGGAUACCCACCAACGUUAUGCGGAGAUCUUCCGGGAUGUUGAGAAUCUCAUGCGCGAUCAUACCAAAUUCGCUUCACUAACUCAGAACAAUCCAGUCCACCACAUAAAAACAGGCGCCCCCGGUAAAUCGAAGCUCAAUCACCUCGUGCCAACCGUAGGCUCCUUCUUCACGCCCCUCCCGCUCGAAGACGCUUUCAAAUACCAGGACAGCCAACGCUUCAUCAGCCGGCGUCGCUUUGUUGCCCCGUCCUUCAAUGACAUCCGCCUCAUCCUGAACUCGGCUCAGCUUUUGGGCCUCUUUCGCACCUCCGGUCUCGACCUCGUAACCUUCGACGGAGAUGUCACCCUAUACGAUGACGGCGCUUGCCUCACCGACGACAACCCCGUCAUACCCCGCCUCAUCCGUCUCCUCCAACAAGGCCGCAAAAUCGGCAUCGUCACCGCCGCCGGCUACACCGAGGCACCCAAGUAUUACGAACGUCUAAAGGGUCUCCUCGACGCUGUGCACAGCUCCGACGUCCUCACCCCGGCCAAUCGCAACGGUCUCGUCGUCAUGGGCGGUGAAAGCAACUUCCUCUUCCGCUACGACCACACCUCCCCGGAUAAGCUUACCUACGUCCCCCGUGAACAAUGGUUGCUCGAAGAGAUGCACUCCUGGCAAGAAUCGGACAUCACACAGCUUCUGGACAUCGCUGAAUCCUCCCUCCGCGCUUGUGCCAAGAAUUUGAAUCUCCCCGUCGCAGUACUGAGAAAGGAUCGUGCUGUUGGCGUUUACCCCCUCGAUCGGACAAAGGUUACUCGAGAACAAUGGGAAGAAACGGUCCUAGUGGUUCAAAACACUGUCGAGCGAUCGGUCGUCGGCACUAGAUUGCCCUUCUGUGCGUUCAAUGGUGGAAAUGACGUCUUCGUCGACAUCGGCGAUAAAUCCUGGGGUGUGCGCGCCUGUCAGCAGUAUUUCGGCGGCAUCGACCGUUCCCGUACUCUCCACAUUGGCGACCAGUUCUUGUCCGCUGGCGCCAAUGAUUUUAAGGCACGCCUGGCUUCGACCACAGCCUGGAUCGCUAACCCGGCUGAAACGGUGCAGCUUUUGGAUGAGUUGGCGAUUAUCGAGAAAUAA